AUGUCGGCCAAUACCUUUGUGAUGUCCCAGAGUCCAGUCAAAGGCGGCAGGCGAAGGACGGGCGAGCCAUACAUCCCCAAGAUCAUCACAACUUUAGGCCAGCGACCAGCAUGCUUAGUCAAUGCCUCGGUGACAUAUGUGGGCAACGACUUGAUCUACGCAUUCGGCGGCUUUGACCAAUACACCGACGAAGUGUACAAUCACGUGCUCAAGCUCAAUCUGUCCGCCCGACAAUGGAGUCUGGUGGACAACUACGGCGAUAUCCCUGGGGUGCGCAUGGGUCACACAGCAUGCUUGUGGAAGGGCGAUAAACUGCUCGUAUAUGGAGGCGAGAACGAGCAUCGCAUACACCUCUCCGAUGUAGUCAUCUUCGACGUGAAGAGUGCGCAUUGGCUGCAACCUGACAUCAAUGGACCGAUACCGCGAGGAAGGGCGAGGCAUUCGGCUGUGAUUCAUGACGACAAGCUAUUCGUGUGCGGUGGAAUGAGUGGUAGCGACAACGCUGUGCUGGACGAUAUUUGCUUCCUCGACCUCAAGACGUGGACCUGGAGCAGGACAUGGCGCUUUGUCCCACGCUACGAUCACUCGAGCUGGGUCUGGGCAGGCAAGAUCUGGAUCAGUGGUGGUAUGGGCGAGGAGAUGGAGAGGACGAAUGAGAUGUGGUGGCUAGACUUUAGAGGCGUCCCGGCAUUUGAAGGUGGUCCGACCUAUGGUACGAUGGGCGGCGACGACAUGAGGCUGACAGGCGGAGGCACGCAGAACUAUGCCUAUGGUGCGGCUGUGGGCUCGACUGGAUAUGCUGCCAACACAAGCUCGGUGCAGUCAAAUGUUGCGACACAGAUUCAACGCUCAGCUCCUGUUGCUCCCGGUGCCAUCAGCAGUGUCAAGUUUCUCUCUUCUCCAACUCUGCCCAUGCAGAAUGUCGGCUCACACUUCCACGUCUUCAGCUCUGGCUGCAUGCUGGACUUUGUCACACCAGCGUCUGGUAUGCCACUCGAUACCUCGCUAUCAGCCCUAGACCUGGACACACUCCGAUGGCAGAAACUAGCAGACGGCAAAGAUCUCUUCUCACCCCUCUACCGAUGGCACUACUGCUGUCUAGAUCCCGACGGCACACGUGCAUGGCUUCUCGGUUGUCCGCGAGAAAACAGAGGAGGUCCUGGAAACGACAACGCCGAAGAAUAUCUGAGUGACGUACUACCCAUCGACUUGCGAAAGUUCGGCCUCCUGGGCAAUAAGAUGAGCCAGGAAGCUCGACUCGAGCAGCGAAUACCCACAUCAGACACCCACAGCUCUUCACAUCUCUCAGCCAUCGGCGCAGAUCUUGCGCGAACAUUCAAUCAAUUACCCGAAAGCGGCUCGGGUUGUGACUUUACUGUAACAGCACUACGAGACGACGACUACCAAAUGGAAGACCUCUCCGAAGCCGGGUCACCUGUUGCCGCCACACUAGCAGGAAGCACAACCCUAACAACCACAGCCAUAGGUCCAUCCACGACAUCAUCAGCGAACGUCUCCCAACCCAUCCACGUCCACCGCCUCAUCCUCUCCGCCCGCUGGCCCCACUUCUCCCGCCUCUACAACGCCCAAAUGUCCGAAUUCCACACCAAACGCAUGCACAUCCCCGAACCCUACCCAGCGGUCAAAGCCUUCCUCUACUACCUCUACACCGACAGCAUCUCCAGCCCGCCUUCCGCCGCAGACGUGUCAGCGAGUGACACCGAGGGCCCGACGUUGGAGGAUGUGGCGAAUAUGCUUGUUAUGAGCAAUAUUUAUGAUAUGCCGAGGUUAAGACAUUUAUGCGUUUAUCGAUUGGUCCGGGACCUAGAUAUCCAACACGCGGCUCUCAUCUUCGAUCGCGCGAGUACGGCGCAGGAGGAUUGGUUGAAGCGGCACGCAGCAUCAUAUUGUAUGACGCACUGGGGCCGGAUCGUCCGCACGGAAGGCUUUCGAAAUUUGAAACGGGCGGCUAUGUUGGAGUUGUGUGAGGGUGUUGAUGCGGAGGGCAGGGUUGUUGGGGGCGAGGAGCUGGAGGCUGUGGGUGGACUUGGAGGGGCGAGGUUGGGGAGUGGGAUGGUGGGGGGACCGCUUUGGGGUGGUGGGGGGAGGAAGAGGGGGAGGGUUGGGAGUGCGGGGACUGCGGGGGAGGGUGAGGGUGAGGGUGAGGGUGAAGGGGAUGGGGAAGAUGGGGAUGGGGAUGUGGAGGGUGGGGAGGAGGGCGAGGGGGAUGGCAUGGACAUGGCGUGA